AUGAUUCUACCUCCUGGAUAUUCCAAACAGGGGGAGUUUUUGCCACCAAAUGUUGUUUGCAAGCUCCAUAAAUCUUUGUAUGGUCUAAAGCAAGCCUCCCGCCAAUGGUAUGCCAAAUUCUCCUCCACACUUUCUUCUCUUGGCUUUUCUCAUUCUCAGGCUGAUCAUUCCCUCUUCACCAAGUCUUCUGGUGCUACUUUCAUAGCUAUCCUAGUAUAUGUAGAUGACAUACUGGUAGCUUCUAACAAUAUACAUAAGAUUCAUCAUCUCACAUCCUUGCUGGACAACAAGUUCAAAUUAAAAAAUUUGGGUCCUUUAAAGUACUUUUUGGGUAUAGAAGUUGCUCGCUCUUCUGCUGGAAUCUCUAUUUGUCAAAGACAAUAUACUAUGCAAAUCUUGAGUGAUGCUGGCUACCUUGGCUGCAAACCAAAGUCCACACCCAUGGAACCGAAUCUUAAGCUCUCAUCCCAUACUGGUGAUCUUCUCCCAGAUGCCACCUUAUAUAGAAGGUUGAUUGGCCGAUUACUAUACUUAACCAUCACAGGACCAGAUAUUUGUUAUGUUGUCAACCAUCUUAGUCAAUUCAUGGCUGCCCCAAGAGUCCCUCAUCUACAUGUUGUUCAGAGAAUUCUUGCUUACUUAAAAGGUACUGUUGGACAAGGUCUACUUUUCUCAGCUUCUUCCAGCAUUCAAUUAAAUGCUUUUUCUGAUUCUGAUUGGGCCUCUUGCCCGGAUUCUCGCAAAUCAAUUUCUGGUUUCUGUGUUUUCUUGGGUAAUUCUCUAAUUAGUUGGAAAUCCAAGAAACAAUCUACUGUUUCCAGGUCCUCAGCUGAGGCUGAAUAUCGUUCCAUGGCUCAUGCUUCUUGUGAACUCACUUGGCUGCUUUCAUUGCUUAAGGAUUUUCAUGUCUCUCACCCUGCUGCUGCUCAUUUAUUUUGUGAUAACACUGCUGCUCUUCACAUAGCUGCUAAUCCUCUUGUAGCACUGCUUGCACCAUGUAUUUUUUAG